AUGCCCGGUGAUAACAGUAGGCCCGAGGAGAAGGAGGAGAAGGACCACGGUCAUCCUAGGCUUCCUCGUCUUGCAGACAUCUCCACUCUGAGCACAUUCCUGUUCAGGGGAGAUACCUGGGAGGCAAUCGUGAAUGUCGUGAAUGUCGUAACAGAACAGAACAGGACAGAGCAGAGCAGAGAUUGGGAGAAGGAGGAAGGAGCGAUACAGAGUACGUACCCGUAG